AUGUUACCGUCAGGAAGUAGCAGUGGUUGUGGUGGUUGGAACAACGUUCCAACCGACCUUCUUUGUGACAUACAGUCAUGUCUAUUUGGAGCUGAUCGUUGUUACUUUCGUCUUGCCUGCAAAGCAUGGCAAUCGGCAUUCUCGAACUCUAACUGUGAAUCUGAUCUUCAAUUGGGGAAUGUGCAGAGAAAUCAUCGAUUCCCAAUCCUCGUGCACAUAGGAAGCAACAGUGAGCAAGUCAAUUUCUUCGAUCCGGUAACCAAUUCUACCAGCUCGUUGCCUUCACCCAGUUUAAAAGGCACAGAACCAGUCGUUCGUUGCUCUAAACAUGGAUGGUUGUUGAUAUCCUCCCAAGGAAGUUCAAGUGAACUAUUCUUUCUCAACCCUUUUACUAGCGAAAGGAUUGACUUACCUAAAAUGCUAUGUCACCAAGACGGGUUUACUUUCUCUUCUCCUCCAACAUCCUCCGACUGCAUGGUAAUUUGCUACACAGUCUUUUCGACAUCUGUGAACCUCUACUCUAUUCAUCGUGGACAAUACCGCUGGAAUUACUCGUCAGCGGAGAAGAAAGGAACAAAUUUCAAGAGUUCUUACAGUAAUCCAGUUUACCACCAAGGACUAUUCUAUAUCAUGGGAAUGAAUGGAAAUCUAUGCAUUCACGAUCCAGGGCCAAGACGUUCCACUAAGUUCAUGAGCUUGCCCAGAAGCCCUUGUGCGUCAAUAAGAAGAGCCCAUUUGUUGGAGUCCAGAGGGAAGCUUCUAUCAGUGUUCACGGGUCCCAUGGGGAGGUUUCUGCGGGUAUUUGAGCUGAAACAAACAACCAUGGCUUGGAAAGAAAUCCACAAUCUAGAAGACACGAUGCUGUUUCUGAGCUCUACUUCUCUGUUAUCAGCAACAAGCAGCGGAGCGGACAUUUCAGGGUUGGGAAACAAGGUGUUUCUGGACAGGUUUAGUGGGAGAGAUGGCAUCUUCUACUCUCUGGCGACAAGAAAAUUUCAUACCUUUUGGAGCGGACGGAACAGUAGCGACUGGCGCGACACCAAGGAGUACACGUAUAGCGCUUGGAUCGAACCGAACUUGGAGAAGCACACGGAAACGGAGCUCCGAUGGUUUCCUGCAUCGAGAUGA